AUGUCCCGCUACACCCCCACCAGUGAGGCCUCGGCGCGGUUUAUUCAAACCCACCUCGAGAUGGACCUGGAGGAGCUCGCCGCGGCGGGGCCGGACGCCUCGCCACUACGCCCCGUGCUGCCCAAGAGCAGCCCGCUCGAGGGGGAGGUCCUGGGCGAGGAUAUUUCGGUAAUCCAACGCGCCCCAACGCGCACGGAGGAGAAGUUUAUGAUCCUGCAGGUGCAAAACAUUGUGGAUAUUUCCCUUUCACGAGAACAGCAGCUGCGGGGGAUACUCGAGGCCAUCGAUCCGGGCGGCUCACAAGUUGAGGGGAUUGGCUAUACGAGCGCCGCGACGACCGCACCGGAGGGUGCGAAAGAAGACGAAAAUGAGGACGACGAUAAAGAAAACACCGCGGCGCUCGUCGACGCGACGUUGAAAAUGUCAGAAGCAAUAAACGACGCCAGGCGAGGGGGGGGAGGAGGAAGGAAUGGACGGUAUCGUCUACUGCGGCUCAUUCUUACCGACGGCUUUACACGCGUACUCGCGGUGGAAAAAAAGGCAGGGAAAAAUGCCGGAAUAAACCAAUUAUCAUCAUCACCACCACCGCUUUUUCCCGAAGGGGUUGCCCUCGGCGCGAAGAUCAAGAUUCUUUUGGACUGGAAGAAAGAGGUCCCUUUGCAGACACGCGGCAUAUUAGGUCUUCAUCCGGAAAAAACAAUUUACCUCGGUGGCCGCGUGAUCGCGCUGGAACUUUUCUGGGCAACCUACGCCCGCGAGCAGCUCUAUGCGCUCACCGGCCGCCCUUCUCUUUCUACUUCGUUAUCCCCCUCUUCCCCUGCUUUAUCGCACAUUACCGCGGUGGAGCCGAAUCCACAGCAGCCCCCUACUUCGUUAUCUUCUUCUCUUCCUAUUCCCCCUAUUUCCUCUUCCCUUUCUGCAGCUAUUCCCUCCCCUUCUCAGAUGAUUUCUUCUUCUUUGCCGCUCUGUCAGCCGCUCACUCGGUGGAAUAGUCGAAACGACCCCCACGCGCCAUUCCCCACACGUGCCGUCAUCACCGCUGUGGUUUCGGAUCUCCUGAUCAACGAAUACUCCACAACAAAUAAAAAUGAAAGGGUAAGGAGAAGAGGAAAUGGAAGUGAACGAGAAAAUCCAAAAACACGCUGUGCGUACUCACUCCUCGUCUCCCUCGCCCCUCCCCCUUUGCGAGAGAAAAGUCAAAGACGAGAAAAUGAAAAUGAGGAAAAUAGAAGCGAACUAACAGUAGAGGGGGAGGGAGAAGCAGGAGGCCUUACUGUGGAUCUCGGACAUAGCUGUCUGCGGGAAUUGGUUGGAAUGACAGCGGAGGAUUUUCGACAACUAUCACUCUCUCGCGAAGCUUCGGAUCUGACUCGAAUGAAUAAUAUCAUCGAUGGCAUCGGUGCAAGACUUGAGCAGCUCGGAGAGGCCCUUUUCGUGCUUUUGCAAGGCCCUUCCGAGCAGACCCCGAUGGUGAUAGAGAUUCAGCCUCUAAAAGAGUGCCAUUAG